AUGAUUGAACUUGCUUUCAUUAUAAUUGAUGAACCAUUCAAUUGGCUCCCAGGGACAACACUUACCGACCAAACUGAUACUUCAUGUGAUAAAGCUGGAAAAUUUGCUUUUGUGGCACAUGGUUGGAGAAGUUCAAAUUCACCUUGGAUAACGAAAUUAAUAGAAAAACUUUUGGUAUAUCGUGGAGGUUGUGUCAUUGCAAUAGAUUGGGGAUUUUAUGCAGACAACCCCAACUAUUUGAUGAUUAUUAACCGUGAUUGGCAGAAAGUUUCAGAUGUCCUUACUGAACGGUUAAAAUCUUUAGAAAGAGAAGGCGUUUCGCCCGACAACAUAUUUAUGUAUGGCCAUUCUCUUGGUGCUCGUUUAGUUAUCGAUGCUGGUUUGAAAUUUGGUCCGAAUAAAAUUUUUCAAAUUGAUGUUUGUGAUAGUGCUGGGCCAGGCUUUUUAUUUUAUGAUCUUUUAAAUGAACCGAAAAAUGCAGCUCAAAAUGUUCAAUGCAUUCUAACGUCAAUGGAUGGUGGAACAACAUUUAAGAAUUGUCAUCAAAACUGGUUAAUGGGAAUCUGCGGAUUAGUUCAACCAGCUUCACCCAAUUACUUAUGUCUCUUGACAUCAAUCUGUACAGCCGUGGAUGAGAAAAUUUCUCACAACCUUUGCAAUGAUUUUUACAUAAGCGCAUUUGAAAAUAAUUUCGUAGCAAAUAAUCGCUAUGAAUGUCCGUCAGCUAUGAACAUUGAAGAACUUCCCGAAAAUUUCAAAAUGGGUUACAUGGAAACAAGACGAAGUUCUGCAAUACAAGGAAAUAUUCCCGCACCGACAUCGAGGAGUUACCCGUACAAUGUUAUUUCUUAGACAUUUACAACUGGGAAUAAUAAAUUUUACUUGCAAUUAUUUAAAUUGUGUCAAAUAAACAAAGAUAAUCAUUUCUUGCUUGAAAUAAAAAUAUGUAAGGAACUAACAUUAGAAAAAUAAAAUAUUAUUUAUCCAUUGCGCGAAGCUUGCCAUUAUCAUUAGCUUCUUAAUAUUAACUUAUUUGUGCAUGGUUCAGCUCAUGAG